AUGCCAUCAGUCAGACAAAUAGCAGACAUCUGCGUCCCUCUGGAGAACCACCCAGCAUACCAAAAGCGAAAGCUACGGGUCGCCACGAUCGGCGCGGGCUUUAGUGGACUAAUACUCGCGCACAAGAUCCAGCACGCUCACCCAGAUCUGGAGGAUUUCAUCGAGCAUGUCAUCUUUGAGAAGAACGACGGCAUCGGUGGCACAUGGAGGGAGAACACCUAUCCCGGCGUUCAAAAUGACGUCCCAGCACAUAUCUAUGCGUUCCCAUUCGAUCCAAACCCUAACUGGACCAAAUUUUACGCGGAUGGAGCGGAUUGCCUCGAGUACAUGGAGCGGACGGCCGAAAAGUGGAACUUGAAGCGGGAUGUCCGAUUCAACACGCGUGUGACCUCGCUCGACUGGCUGGAAGAGGAAGGCAAGUGGCUUGUCAGAGUUCGAAGGGACGGCAAAGAUGAGAAAGAGGAGAAGUUCGACAUCGUCGUCUCCGCGCAAGGGUUUCUCAAUACGUGGAAGUGGCCCGACAUCCAAGGUAUACACGACUUCAAGGGCCACAAAGCACACUCGGCCGCGUGGGACAACUCAUACGACUACUCAGGCAAGAAGAUCGGCAUCAUCGGGAAUGGAUCUUCCGCCAUCCAAAUCCUACCACAAAUGGCCAAACUUCACGGCACGCAGAUCGUAAGCUUCCAAAGAACACCCACCUGGAUCACACCAAGUUUAGGAGAAACACUGGCUGUUACAAGCGGCGAGACAAAACAGCCAGCCCACGACGAAUCAAUCGGCGUCGACAUGGCCGAGGUCAGCUCCUCAGACGAAGAAGUCGGCAGCAACUUCAACCCUCGCUACAGCAAACGCGACCGCCAACGCUUCCAAGAUCCCGCAAAACACCAACAAUACCGCAAAGAGCUCCAACACGGCAUGAACAAAGGCUUCCGCAUCUACUCCAAGGACUCGCCCCAAAACGCCAAAUCCACAGCCGCAACGACCGAGCGCAUGCGCAAAGCCCUCAACUACGACCCGGACCUCUGCGCCAAGCUCAUCCCAACCUGGACCUUCGGCUGCCGCCGCCUCACGCCGGGAGAAGGGUACCUUGAAUCCUUUCUCCUCCCGACUGUGGCGCUCGAGCAAACUCCCAUCUCCCAUAUCACGCCAACCGGGAUCCAGACGGAAGGCGGCCAGCACCACGACCUCGACGUCCUCAUCUGCGCCACCGGCUUCGACGUCUCCCACAUUCCUCACUACCCCGUCACGGGCCGCAACGGCGUCACCCUCGAGCAGCAAUACAGCCCUGAGCCCGAAUCCUAUCUGUCAGUAGCCUGCCCCAAUAUGCCCAACUACUUCAUCUUCACCGGCCCCAACGCCACCGUCGGCCACGGCACGCUCAUCACAUCCAUGACAUGGUCUGCGGAAUACUUCGUUAAAUGGUUCCGCAAGAUCGCAAGAGAGAAUAUUCACAGUGUGUGCCCGACGCAGGCCGCUACGGAUGAGUUUGUGCGGUAUGGAGACGAGAUUCACAAGACGUUGGUUUGGACGGGCGGGUGUAAGAGUUGGUAUAAGGGGCAUCGCGUGGAUGGGAGGGUGACGGCGACGUGGCCGGGGAGUGCGCUGUUGUAUAGGGAGAUGAUUGAGGAGAUUCGGGGGGAGGAUUUUGAUAUUAGGUACAGAGGGAGGAAUCGGUUUGCGUUCAUGGGGAAUGGAUUCACGGAGCUGGAGGGGAGGGAGGGCGCGGACUUGGCGGACUAUAUUUGA